AUGGAAAGUUCAUCUUCUUUGUCUAAAACCCCUUCUUUUCGACGAUCAACUUCUAAAAAGAUUGAUUACUUAUAUGAAGUAGAGUAUGUGAGUGAUGAUAGCAAAGUUCCUAUUACCCAACUCCCAUUACUUAAUCCUUACAAAGCUUUCACCAAACCAAAUUCCACUUUUCCAAAAGUCAUUCGCCAGGUGUUUGUCCCUAACAAACAUAAUGCAAAGGAGCUUGUUCUAGCCUCUCCGUUGGAACAACACCUUAUCCCGGCGACAGAAAUAGAACAGAUGAUUCCCCUCAGAAUCAAUGAAGGCAUGAUACAUCAUUGGCGAACUCAAGGAUAUACUCAUCUUCACUAUGGAGCAAUACGUUUGGCGCUAACACUCCAUGGCAGAAAAGGCUUACCAGUUGUAGCACGGGUAGCUCUCCUCGACACCCGAUACAAGGAAUACCAACAUGCUUGUAUUGCAACUAUCCAGACAACACUAAACGUUGGCACUGUUUUCGUCACUCUCUUCCCAAAUUUCAACGUGGCAAUGGAAGACCCUCAAAUAUAUCAGAACAUGCAAAUCCAGCUGCAAAUCACAGGAGCUCCACAAAUUGGAAACACGUAUGCAGCAACGCUUCACCAUCAAAUGGCGUAUAGAGUCCAAAAUCAUGCAAUGGACUUAAGUCUCCCUAGAGACACUGAAGAUGCGCUACUCAUACAAUUGGAAUCCCAGCAUAGCCCGUCGUGCAUCCAUAUUCCUAGACAGAUUCCUGGAGAUGAGCUUGUCAAGUUGCUUCCAAUAUCAUGGGUUACCAAUUACGAAAAGCUCCAUGACCGUAGCACCCCAAUACAAUCGGUGGACUCUUCUAUUCAUAGGAGAAAAGAUGGAGCUGUAGAGAUUGCUUUUAAGCAACAAGAAGAAAAGUCAAGACCAACGGCUUUCUGCACAGAAAUCAAUAUAAUUACUCCUUUUGAAGAAGCUCAAACUUUGGAAAACCAUCCACGUUUAGAUGGUGUUCCAAUCUCAUCUUUUGAUUCGCUGGGAGAUCCCAUUUACUCUUUUCAAGAUGAAAAGGGCCACAAAUUCUUUGAUGUUUGUGAUUGCCAACACUGCCAGAUGAAUAGUUCUGAUGAUGAUGACACCCCAAGGCGAAGGAGAAAAAAGAAAACUACACAACAAACCCUCAAAGAACGAUUUGAGUCUGGAGACACACAAGUUGGCCUUCUCGGAGAACCAAGUGGCAAGAAUUUUGAAUACUAUGUAUUGUAUUCAGGUGGCUCAACUCCCACAACACCUGACAAAGAAGAGGUACAACUAAGUUACAUGUGGCUCAACUCCCACAACACCUGA